GUGUGAAUCGAUCGUUUUCUUUAUUUGUUUCUUUUUUCGUUUCAAUUCACGUUUAGUUGCAAUUUUAUUUUAUAUGUUCCAGAAAACCUUUCUUUCGCGUUGACGAUGAUUGUUCGCGAAAACGACGAUUAUUUCGAUUCUUUCCAUCUUCCGUAGCGUUUUAUUCGUAAUUCUCGAUCUCAAGAAUAUUAUAUACGCGUUCCUUCUUCGCACGAUACAUUCGACGAUGGUAAAGCCAAGUAAGAGAGAGAGAGAAAGAAAGAGAGAGAGAGAGAGAGAGAGAGAGAGAGAGAGAAAGAGGGAGAGAAAAAAAGAAAGAGAAAGAUGGAAGUAAGCGAGAGAAAGGCGUCUAUCUUUUUCUUUGAAAAUCGUCUCGAAUCGCCCGUGUUUUUUCGAUGGAUAAUUAACUAUUACGAAGCCGUACUCUACCGUUAAUAAUAUUUAGAAACUAUAGAUAUUUACAAAUACAGAGAAAUAUGACAUGUGUAUGCGUCUAUUUAGGAUGUAUGCACAUGAAUAUGUACACACGUACAUGCGCUUACAUAAAUACAUACAAUACAUACAUACGUAAUACCGUACACACCGAACUCCAUUUUUACGCUGCAAAUACUUUGCUUCGCUCACGAUUUUUCCGACGAACUAACAAUAGCAUUCACAACGAGUUUCAUGCCGUUUUUAUUAACGAUCCUUAUGCGAGUAAGCUUCGUAUCUUCGAGUAAGAGUGAAUAAGAGAAAGAAAGAGUUGCGGGAGGGAGAGAAUCUUGCGAGACUUGUUUUAUACGAGUUCUUGUGGAGAGACGAAUGAGAGACGGGAUUUCGCCGAUAUAAGUAUAAAUAUCCUAUAAUUGCGAUUCAAUUAAAAUAAGAAUAAUCGAACGUUUGCUCUGUGAUACGGAUACUCUGUUGACACUGCGUUUAUAAUAAUGAGAAAGAGAAAAAGAAAGAGAGAUAGAGAGAGAGAGAGAAAGAGAGAGAGAGAGAGAGAGAGAGAGAUGAAGAAAAAAAGAAAAAGAAAAUAAAUACACAGAAGAAGCAAAGACGAAACAUUGAAAAAGAAAGAUUGUGAUCUUGCAAAGAAAGAAAAAAACGUAAAUGAAACUAAAAAAAAAAAGAUCGAUUGAUUAAACUGAGCACGAGUUGAAUGUAUGAGAGAGAGAGAGAGAGAGAGAGAGAGAGAGAGAGAGAGAGAGAGACGACGCGCAAUAUUACGUUUCACAAUCGUUUAUUCCUCCUCCGAUAGACGUAGAGAUAUUUCGAAAGUAAUCCGUUUCUUAAUUUCGUUUUUUUCUUUUAUCUAUUCUUGCGGGGUGCAGUUCUUCAGAUCGUAUAAUCGUGAAUUGAUGUAUAUUGAACAAUGAAAUAAGAUAUAAAGAAAAAAAAAAAAAACAAAAAAGAAUAUGUAUUUGUUCCUGAAAAAAUAAUAAAAGUAGUAAUACCGUAAUAUUAAAUAUUAAUAAUAACGAUAUCGAUAUAAUUUGAUGGUACAUACUUUCUUAUAAGUAACAUUAUACAUUAAUACGAUUAUCGUAGAGUUGGUACGGUCUUCGAGGAUGCCUUGCCUGUAAAUGUAACACACACACACGUUAAAUGACAAGAAAAAAAAGUCUUAUUACCUUGUAAAUGUUUUACCAAAUAUAAUCGAUUAUUCAACUUAUAA